ACAUGGCUUUCGCCAACAGACUGUAGUUAGAGAGAAAGGCAGGAGAUCUGCUGUUCGAGGCCCAGCAUAUAUGUUUAAUGAUCAUUCAACCAGCCUUUCUAUUGAGGAAGAGCGUUUUUUGGAAGCGGCAGAAUAUGGCAAUAUCCCUGUUGUCCGUAAAAUGCUGGAGGAAUGUACUUCGCUCAACGUGAACUGUGUGGAUUACAUGGGCCAGAAUGCAUUACAACUGGCUGUAGCAAAUGAACAUCUGGAAAUCACAGAGCUGUUACUUAAGAGGCAAAAUUUGUCACGCGUUGGAGAUGCGCUACUCUUAGCCAUUAGCAAAGGCUACAUCCGAAUAGUUGAAGCCAUUUUGAACCAUCCCGCAUUUGCAGAAGGGAAGAGGCUGGCCACGAGCCCCAGUCAAUCGGAGUUGCAACAUGAUGACUUUUAUGCCUACGACGAGGAUGGAACUCGAUUCUCCCAUGACGUGACCCCUAUUAUCCUCGCUGCCCACUGCCAUGAGUAUGAAAUUGUGCAUAUCCUGCUGAGGAAAGGAGCUCGGAUUGAGAGGCCUCAUGAUUAUUUCUGCAAAUGCAGUGAAUGCAACAAGAAGCAAAAGCAUGACUCUUUCAGCCAUUCUAGGUCCAGGAUCAAUGCUUACAAAGGUCUAGCAAGUCCAGCGUAUCUAUCUUUGUCAAGUGAGGACCCAGUCAUGACUGCCUUAGAACUGAGCAAUGAGUUGGCGGUGCUUGCAAACAUUGAGAAAGAAUUCAAGAACGAUUACAAAAAAUUGUCAAUGCAGUGCAAGGACUUUGUGGUUGGACUUCUUGAUUUGUGUAGAAACACAGAAGAAGUGGAAGCUAUCCUCAACGGAGAUGUUGAACUGAAUCAUGGGGAGCAUGGACGUCCAAGCCUGAGCCGCUUAAAACGGGCUAUAAAAUAUGAAGUCAAAAAAUUUGUUGCUCAUCCAAACUGCCAGCAGCAGCUUCUCUCAAUCUGGUAUGAGAAUCUGUCGGGUUUACGACAACAGACUAUGGCAGUGAAGUUUUUAGUGGUUCUUGCUGUAGCUGUUGGAUUACCAUUCCUUUCAGUGGCUUAUUGGAUUGCUCCAUGUAGCAAGUUGGGUAGAAUAAUGCGUGGACCCUUUAUGAAAUUUGUGGCACAUGCAGCCUCUUUCACCAUUUUCCUUGGGCUCCUAGUCAUGAAUGCAGCCGACAGAUUUGAUGGCAUCAAACUAAAGCCUAAUGAAACCGUGACAGAUAGUGCAAAGCAGCUGUUUCGAAUGAAAACAUCUUGCUUCUCCUGGAUGGAAAUGCUGAUCAUCUCGUGGGUAAUAGGUAUGAUAUGGGCUGAAUGUAAAGAAAUUUGGUCCCAAGGUCCCAAGGAAUACCUGUUUGAGUUGUGGAAUAUGCUAGAUUUUGGUAUGUUGGCUAUUUUUGCAGCCUCAUUCAUUGCAAGGUUCAUGGCCUUUUGGCAUGCUUCUAGAGCCCAGAAUAUUGUUGACGCUGAUACAGAGAUGAAGGAUUUGUCAACUGCAACACUGGAUCCCAGCAUAAAGUACUACACUUUGGCAAGAAUAGACUGGGAUCCAUCUGACCCUCAAAUCAUAUCUGAAGGCCUGUAUGCAAUUGCUGUGGUUUUAAGUUUCUCACGAAUCGCCUAUAUUUUGCCAGCCAAUGAAAGCUUUGGACCUUUGCAGAUAUCACUUGGUAGAACUGUGAAAGACAUAUUCAAGUUCAUGGUCAUAUUUAUCAUGGUUUUUGUGGCCUUCAUGAUAGGAAUGUUUAAUCUCUAUUCCUAUUACUUGGGAGCAAAGCAGAAUGAAGCAUUUACUACAGUGGAAGAAAGCUUCAAGACUUUGUUUUGGGCAAUAUUUGGACUUUCUGAAGUCAAAUCUGUGGUCAUAAAUUAUAACCACAAAUUUAUUGAAAAUAUUGGUUAUGUCCUUUAUGGUGUUUAUAAUGUCACCAUGGUUAUUGUUUUGUUGAAUAUGCUUAUCGCAAUGAUUAAUAGUUCCUUCCAGGAAAUUGAGGAUGAUGCUGAUGUUGAAUGGAAGUUUGCAAGAGCGAAACUCUGGUUUUCUUAUUUUGAGGAAGGCAGAACACUUCCUGUCCCUUUCAAUCUGGUGCCCAGCCCCAAAUCUCUGCUGUACUUUUCCCUCAGAAUAAAGAUGUGGAUUUUUAAACUACUGUUUUGCCACAAGAAAGGUUUCCAGGAGGAUGCUGAGAUGAAUCAGUAGAAAAAAGGAAGAAAAAUAAGUUGGAAUUAUUUAAGAAAACUUCUUAGCAUUUCUUAUUUUCAGAUGGAGCAUAAUAAGCUACCAAGUAUAAAAAGCACAGAUGAUAUCGACUUAAACAGCUCUAAUAAUCCACAGAGAAAGUAUCAGAAGAUCAUGAAACGUCUUAUUAAACGAUAUGUACUGAAAGCUCAAGUAGACAGAGAGAACGAUGAAGUCAAUGAAGGUGAACUGAAAGAAAUUAAACAGGACAUCUCAAGCCUUCGAUAUGAGCUCCUUGAAGAAAAAUCACAGAACACAGAAGACCUGGCAGAACUUAUCAGAAAACUUGGAGAGAAACUGUGUAUUGAACCAAAGCAGGAACAAAGCAGCAGAUAACACGAACUUCUUUCUGAAAAGGAAAAGAAGCAGAAAUUCUCCAAGCUGACAGACCCAAUGAAAGCCAUAUCAGUGUUACCUCCCUUUUGUUUUCCUUCAAACUUAAUUGACACUUUUACAGCAGACACAAAAGCAGACUCAUCUUGAAUGGAUUUUUUUAUUACUGUUUGUAACGGGAAAAACAGCAUUUGACUGAGUUGUUCAAUCCCAUGCACCAAAGGAGAGAGAGAGAGAGAACCCUUAAAAAAUAAUCUUAAAAUUAAAAAAGACAUAAACUGUAUGACUUUAACUGCUGGACUCUGUUAACAU